AUGUCCCAAGGCCUGAUGCCGAAUCAGCAGAGUUUUCCACAGCAGCAACAGCAGCAGCAUCCGCUGCUGUCAGCCAUUUCGGGAAAUAAUUAUGCUGAAACGCAGCGCAUGCAUUACUAUCCCAACCACUACUACCCUAGCAGCUACUUUCCAAACCAAUACCACAUCGGCCCCCAUGGCAUCCACGGGUACCCGGGCCAACUGGGACAACUGGGCCAGCAGGGGCGACCGUCACUUCAGGCGGCUGCCAGCAACCACAACGGUGCUUAUACGGCCGCGUCGGGCAGCAGUGGACACUCGGGCUACGGCGCCAUCGAGCCUUCCAUAGAGUACGAGCUACAGCAUGACCCACCCACCGGCAGCUUCUCUUCCUACCAUCCCAGUGCUGGCAGUGCGCCCGCAUAUCCGCCACCGCACCACGACCCACCGCCGCAGCAUCCGCCUCCGCAGCCGGCGCCCUCCAAGUCGUCGAAGAAAUCGAAAAAGAGCAGCGGCUCCGUGAUGAACGCCCUGACGCUGCUCUCGUUCUUCUUCUUCGUGAACAUGCUGCAGAACUGCCUAAAGGAUCACAUGGCGGAUAUGAAUCCCACCGUGAUGGUGCUCACCGCCAGCGGCACUCGCAACCGAUUCAACAAAUUAGCCGAGAUGAACUCACGCGAACAGACCUCCACCACGGCCACGGAAUCGGUGGCAGAGUCGGAGGCAGCGUCAUCUUGGAAUCAGGCUGCUUUAGUUCCGGCCGAAGCGUCCAGUCCACCGCCACUGCCCUCCAUUGUUGUACCCACUGUGGUGCUGCAAUCGCCCUAUAGCGCGGUACCAGCUGCGACUAAUAAACCCCACCACCAGCACCGGCCGCAUCCAGACCCUUACCAGAGCCCCCACAUCAAUGAUGAUGAUUAUAAUUACGGGCAGAGAAGACCUCCACCUCUGCAUACCCAUACCGGCGGUGAUUUCUAUCCUAAUCGCACACACAUCGACCACUCGUCCCGGCCCGACUUUGAGUCGGAGCCCGGGUCCGAUUACUAUCAGCACCACUACAAUCCGUACUCGUAUACGGGCACGACGAACUCCCGCUACGGCAGUCGGCAUCCUUGGUCUUAUGGCCGGCAGCGUUACUCAUCCGCACCGUGGUCUUCAGCUUCGUUGGGCGCUCAGUCGGGCGUGAGCUCUUACUUGGAUAAUGCCCAGCGCCGGCAAGGUGAUGAUGACGCUGGCAAUGGCCAUGGCUAUGGGUAUGGGUAUGGCGAUGAGGAUGAGGAUGACGACGACGAUGGUCAGCAGCGGCGACGCGACGAUGCUUUCUAUACACGCACACGCAUUAAUUGAAUGCAAGAAUUCCGCGCACAGUUCUUUGUUGGUGGAAAUGUGCAGCAUUAAC